GACAAAGUGUGUCUCAUAGUGAAGGACAGGGUAAUGUGGGUAUGCAACCAGUGCCGUAAGCAACAGGAGAUUCUCACCAAAUCAGGAGAAUGGUUUUCGGGGUCAGGGGUGCGGCCCGGGAGCCUGGGCACCUCUUUAAACAAUCCAGCCACGGGAGGUGAGGCCCAACGGGACAGGAAGCUGCUCCGCUCCAGGUCCCAAGCCCCACCGUCCAGCACCAACGCCAACACAGGGCCACCAGACGGGACACAUCCGCCCGGCGGUGUCACUGCUCCCAAGGGCGCUGACACCAUGCCUGGCUCUCGCUCUCAAAGUGAACCCCCAAGAGAAAAGAAAAGGCCAGUUUCUUUCCAUGAGCAAAACGGUAAGGGAGGCAUGGGACGUGGUUCUGCCCGGAGACAAGCAGACAAGUUGUAUUCACAGUCAUCUCUGGACGAGCGGGUGGUUCCCGGAGACAGAGGAGAGAGAAGGUUAGGAGAUGGAAGGCGGCUGGAAAAGAUCCACUCUCAGGACUACGAGGACGGGAAUGAAAACCUCGGUCGUUCAGAAACACACCGCAGGCGUCCAGAGGAUGAGGAGAAGAGGGAACGGCAGCGGCGCGAGGAGGAGUUCCAGAACCGCUAUCGCAGUGACCCCAACUUGGCAAGAUACCCAGUCAAACCACAGAAGGAGGAGCAGGAGAUGCGCAUGCACGCCAAGGUGUCGAAGGUGCGGCAUGAGCGACGACACAGUGAUCUUGCAAUAAAUGAGGUCGGACUGGGGCCUGGUGAAGGGGGUGGGAGUGGAGGCAGCACAGGAGAGGUGCCGGAAAACCGUCUUGCCAGGAGGGGUGGAGGUGGGGAAGGAGACCGCAAGGCCCUCAUGGAGAAUCACAGGGCCUACUCUGCAGAUAGGACCGUGGGGGUUGUAGGUGGGGCUCCCCCUGCCAGUGGAGGGGGAAGAUCAGGGUCCCAACUCGGGGGACCCGUGCCUUCAGACUGGGGUCCAAACAACAGUCGCCUGGAGCAUGGACCCCAAGACGGAACGCGGACAUCAAGAGAGAAGGGUGGGGUGGAUAACCUGCUGAGGAAGGACUCUCAGGGCUCGGACCAGUCGGAGUCUUUGCGGCCACCCCCUCCACAGUCGUACAAGGGCAAGCGCGGAGUCAACAAGAGGCAGAUGUCCAUCAGCAGCUCAGAGGAGGAGGGCGGCUCCACGCCCGAGUACACCAGCUGUGAGGACGUGGACAUGGAAAGUGUCAGCGAGAAAGGUCAGUCAGACAGAUGUGCUUACUAAGCUGAACCUCUCCUU